UCGCAAAAUGUCACCAUGAGUAACAUGACGAAGGAGCGCUGCUUUUCCGGAGAGAUCUUUAUCAAUCGACAUGAUGUCCUGCAAGUCCCUCCUGGUGGCUCUUGUGGUCCUGGCAGCCUUGUGCAGCCUAGCGGCCGCCCAGUUUGGCUACGGAGGCUACGGCCGCGGCUACGGAGGUUACGGUGGCUACGGUCGUGGGUACGGCGGCUACGGAGGCUACGGAGGCUACGGAGGUUACGGCCGCGGAUUCGGCGGCUACGGUCGUGGAUACGGCGGCUACGGACGCUACGGUUAUUUCGGUUGAGUCACGACUUGGCUAACCCCGACGACAUCAACGUGCCACACCUGACCAUGCGGGAAAUCACGAAGAGGGAAUGUACUGUUGAGCAAUAAGCAUCGCACAAUAAAUUAUUUCUUCACAGUCA